UGGCAGCAGGUAGGCAGCAGCAGCAGCGGGGAUUCCGCUGGGCGCCGGCCCCUCCUGAGGGAACCUGCCCGCCCUCGGCGCUGAGGGAGGCGGCGGCAGGGCUCCGCCCGCAGCGGGGGCUGCCGGUGAGGGUGGGGGUGGCCUCUGCGGCAAUGCCGGCUAGAUUUCUGAGAGAAAGGGUGAGGACGCCUUUUCUGGGAAGGUACACGGUGGCCCCCUGGGUCUGGUGAGUCGCCGGGGAGCAGCGGGCGACCGGAGCACGGCACGGAUCGGUUCAGCUCGCCCUGCGGGAGCUCCCCUCAGCCCGGCCGGGCUGGCAGCGCUGAGGAGCCACAGCCCCUCUCAGGUGUGUGUUUCCUGGAGGAGCACGUAGGAAUUUAAAUGAAGAAAAAAUUGAUAUCCUGCCACGCCAGGUGAAGGGAUGUCGGCCGUUCACAGGAAAAAAACGGCUAUAGAGAUAGUGGGAGCGCUGUGACCGCGUCCCGGUGGUGGUGGGUUAACCCGGCCCUUCAGCAGCAGCUGGGUGUGCCUCCACGGGAAAGGAAUACACGUAUUGGUUGUAAUAAUUAUUCCUAGACCAGAAGUGGGACACUUGAUUAAGCUCUCGUGAAGAGGCAUGGCGUACCUCGCAGUUAACAGAAGCGUUUAAGGGUGAAACUUUACAGAUAUGGUCUCAGAUACGUGGAUUUUUUUUCCUUCUGGAAAAUUGGGGCAAAAAUAGCUCCAGUUGAAUUCUGUCCUAAGUGGUAAAGCUCCACAGGUCAAUUGCAGGCUCAAGAUGUGGCCGAAAUGGCUGGGAAAAGGAAGAAAUUUAGCUGUUUAUCAUGGUGGAAUGUGGGAAACAUGGCAGCAAAAACAUUGUUUUCAUGUAAUAUCACAACAGUGUUUCUGUAUUUAAUUAUUGCAGAGAAAUGUGAAGCCUAUGAUGUGAUGUUGAGGCAAAGUCUUGUGCCUCAUGGGCAGCCUCUUGCUAUUAAAUGUUCACUGGAAAAGAGCUUGGAAAGUGGAGACUACAACUUAACAUGGUAUAAAGUUGGUAACCAGACAGCUGUGCCUAGAGACAAACUUUCUAGAAUUCAUCAGCAGAAGAAUUUAAUUUGGUUUCUCCCUGCAAUGUUAGAAGAUUCUGGAGACUAUGAAUGUGUCAUAAGAAAUUUGACAAACUGCAGGAAAAUGCGUACAACAGUAACAGUUUUUGAGAGGACUGAUGGUUUAUGCUUAAAUGAAAAAUUUGCUGUAGAGGAGGUGGUAUUCACGUUAUCAUCUGCAAAGGUUGUGUGCCCACACUUGGAUUUUUUCAGGAAUAAGAAGAAUAUUCAGCCUGUUCGUUGGUAUAAGGACUGCCAGCUGCUGGAAGGGGAAAGGUUUGCCUUCUCAAAUGGUGAUCUUAUCAUUCUCGAUGUGAAUGUACAUGAUCAAGGAAACUAUACCUGUGAGACAACAUUUACCUACAAUGGGAAACAAUAUAACAUUUCACGAGACGUCAGUCUGACUGUAGAAGUGAGCCCACCAAAAAAGCCCCCCGAAAUAUCUUACCCAAGAAACAACUCCAUCGAAGUGGAACUUGGCUCACAGGUUACAGUGGAUUGCAAUACAACAGGUGCUGAUGGGUAUGAGGUGUUUUGGACAGGCAACGGCAUGUAUAUUGAAGUAUUUUAUAUGAGCAGAAUUUUUGCAACUUAUUAUGAGGAGAAAACUUCUCAUGAUGGGCGCCCUAUGCAUUCUUUGAAGCUAAUAAUUUCAGAAGUGAAUAGUGAAGAUUAUGAACAACCAUUUGUCUGUCAAGCUUCAAAUGCCUUUGGGCAGGUUGCAUCCUAUAUUAUAUUAAAACAGAGAGUUCCUGAUAUACGAAGAUGGCUGACUGGAGGAAUUGUCUCUUUGUUAAUUCUAACAUUUAUUACUUUAAUAAUCUACAAGAUUUUCAAGAUUGACUUGGUGCUUUGGUACCGUAAUUCUGUCUGUGCCUUUGGAAGUAAGGAAGAUGGGAAAGUCUAUGAUGCUUAUGUCCUGUACACAAAGAGCAGUGGAAGCAGAAGCUUCUGUCAUCUGGAAACCUUUGUUCGUAGGAUGCUCCCUGACGUUUUAGAACAACAAUGUGGAUACAAUCUCUUUAUAUUAGGAAGGGAUGAUUUACCAGGAGAAGCUGUAGUCAGUGUUGCUGAUGAAACCCUUAAGCAAAGCAGAAGACUGAUGAUUAUUUUGGGAUCAGAAACGUCUAGUUGCUACCUGUUAGAAGACACCUCCGAACAACAACUAGCUAUGUAUAGUGCUCUCAUCCGUGAUGGGAUUAAAGUGAUUCUUAUAGAAAUGGGUGAAAUACAGGACUACGCAAGCAUGCCGGAAUCAAUCAGAUACAUUAAGCAAAAACAUGGAGCUAUUCGCUGGAAAGGGGACUUCUCAGAGAAAUCUUGUUCACCAAAUACAAGAUUCUGGAAAAAUGUGCGCUAUCAAAUGCCAUCCAGGAAGAAGGGAUCUUAUUCUGGAGUGUAUUUAUUGCCUCUGACUUUGAACAAUUCUGCAGCAAAGGGAAAUUAAGAAGCACUUAUAAAAAUAGUACUGAGAAAGUAAUUCUGAAAUAUUCUAAUUUUUAAAAUUAUUUUUUUUUACACAAGUUCUUUAUAUUACAAAGUAAAUGUUGCCUUCAAGGAGUAAAAGCUACUUGUCUGUUCCCUUAAUUACACCCUAAAAGAAAAGUUCUGUGCAACUUUAUUUCUGUUCUGGGUUUUGGACACAAUUUGUUGUGUUAGUCUCAGACAGAUAGGAGAAGCAAAUGUUGCUAAUGGUGAUAGACUAUUAAAUAGUCGUGGUCCACGUAAAUGUAAUAUCCAUUGAAGAAGCAGCUGUAAAGUAAAUCUUUUAAAAAUUGAAACUACAGUUGAUAAAUUAAAAAUCUGGUUUUUUUUAUCA